CAUUUGCGCCCUUUGUGGGAUGAUGUGCAUGGCAAUGCCAACAUCACGCUCUUUUUAAAGAGCUCAUCUUUCAAAAGACUUCUCUAACAAGCCAAACGAUUGCCUACAAAUAGCAGAAGGGACACACAGCAUCAUCUGGUCACAGCAGAGCCGGCAACACCUCUACAAUGAAGUAUUACUGUUUUGCACUUCUUUUUAUGAUACUGGACAUGGAGCUUCCAGCAAGCCACGGCUCAACACUGAAAGCAGGAAAAUCUAGAGGCCGUUUGCCAGUGGACAGGAGGAACAUCAGGCCGAAUGUUAUUUUGGUUCUCACUGAUGACCAGGAUGUGGAACUAGGUUCGUUGCAGGUGAUGAACAAGACCAGGAAAAUAAUGGAGGAAGGAGGUGCAAAUUUCAUAAAUGCAUUUGUGACCACUCCCAUGUGUUGUCCCUCCCGCUCAUCUUUGCUAACUGGGAAAUAUGUCCACAACCACAAUAUUUUUACCAACAAUGAAAAUUGCUCCUCUCCAUCUUGGCAAGCUAUACAUGAACCACGUACAUUUGCAGUGUACCUCAAUAAUACGGGAUACAGGACAGCAUUUUUUGGAAAGUACCUCAAUGAAUACAAUGGGAGUUAUAUCCCCCCUGGAUGGAGAGAAUGGCUAGGACUGGUUAAGAACUCGCGUUUCUAUAAUUAUACUAUGUGCAGGAAUGGGUUCAAGGAAAAGCAUGGAUUUGAAUAUGAAAAGGACUAUUUUACAGAUCUUAUUACCAAUGACAGCAUUAAUUACUUCAGACAGUCAAAGAAGAUGUACCCCCAUCGGCCAAUAAUGAUGGUUAUCAGUCACGCGGCACCGCAUGGUCCUGAGGAUUCUGCCCCACAGUUUUCAGAACUCUUCCCUAAUGCUUCCCAGCAUAUAACUCCCAGCUACAAUUAUGCGCCAAACAUGGACAAGCAUUGGAUCAUGCAGUACACCGGUGCCAUGUUGCCUAUACACAUGGAGUUUACGAAUGUGCUUCACAGAAAGAGGUUGCAGACACUUAUGUCUGUGGAUGAUUCGAUGGAAAAGCUGUACAACAUGUUGGUGGAAAUCGGAGAAUUGGACAACACGUACAUCAUUUAUACAGCAGACCAUGGCUACCAUAUAGGACAGUUUGGGCUGGUCAAAGGGAAAUCUAUGCCUUAUGACUUUGAUAUCCGGGUCCCUUUCUUUGUGCGCGGGCCAAACGUGGAGCAAGGAUCAGUUGUGCCUCAGAUUGUGCUGAACUUGGAUAUUGCUCCAACUAUUCUGGAUAUUGCUGGUUUAGAUACACCUCCUGACAUGGAUGGGAAGUCCAUUCUUCCUUUGAUGGAUAUUGAGAGACCAGGGAACAGAUUACGGACCAAUAAAAAAAGCAAGAUCUGGAGAGAUACAUUCUUGGUGGAAAGAGGCAAAUUUAUUAGAAAGAAAGAGGAGCCAACCAAAAGUGCACCACAGUCCAACCAUCUGCCAAAAUAUGAGCGAGUGAAGGAGCUUUGCCAGCAAGCCAGAUACCAGACAGCUUGUGAGCAGCCGGGACAGAAAUGGCAGUGCAUUGAAGAUGUGUCUGGUAAACUUCGGAUUCAUAAAUGUAAAGGAUCUGCAGAUGUUAUGCCACUGAAGAAAAGGGCACGAAGUAUAAACUCAAAGGGCUAUGGGAGCAGAGAUUGUGUAUGUCCUGAAACAGACUAUAGACCACAUAGGAAUCCAAGAAAAAAGCAGAGGAUUUUCUUGAGACGAGGCAAUCCGAAAGAAUUCAACCCCCGUUUUGUUCACACCAGACAAGCCCGCUCCCUGGCUGUUGAAUUUGAAGGGGAAGUUUAUGACAUCAAUUUAGAAGAUGAAGAGAAUGUAGAGCCCCCAAAGACAAGAGUCAUCGCCAAGAGACAUUACGCUUCCGAAGAAGAAGUGGGAGAGGAUAUUGAUGAUGAUGAUGAAGAAGAGGAGGAUGACACAUUUACUUCCCCUAAUGAGGAUGAUGACGUCAUGUUGGCUGAUGGCGUGAUGGGGAUCAUUCAAUCUGCAUCUGUUAAAGUCACGCAUAAGUGUUAUAUUCUGACCAAUGAUACGGUGCACUGCGAGAGGGAAUUAUACCAUUCAAACAAAGCCUGGAAGGACCACAAAGCUUAUAUUGACAAAGAGAUUGAAGCUCUACAGGAUAAAAUUAAGAAUUUAAGAGAAGUAAGAGGACAUCUGAAAAGGAGGAAACCAGAUGAUUGUGACUGCAGCAAGCCUGGAUUUUACAAGAAAGAUAAAGGCGGGAAGGUUCAAGACAAGAUAAAGAGUCAUAUUCAUCCAUUCAAGGAAGGCGCUCAGGAGGUUGACAACAAGUUACAGAUCUUUAAAGAGAACCGUAGAAGAAAGAAGGAGAAAAAGGAGAAGAAACGACAAAAGAAAGGAGAAGAAUGCAGCCUUCCUGGACUCACCUGCUUCACUCAUGACAACAACCACUGGCAGACAGCACCAUUCUGGAACUUGGGGUCCUUCUGUACCUGUACCAGCUCCAAUAAUAACACAUACUGGUGUUUGAGAACAAUCAACGAGACUCACAAUUUUCUGUUUUGUGAAUUUGCCACGGGUUUCUUGGAGUACUUUGAUAUGAACAUUGACCCCUACCAGCUCAAAAAUGCUGUACAUACUGUGGAAAGAGGAAUUCUGAAUCAGCUUCACAUACAGCUGAUGGAGUUUAGAAGCUGUCAAGGUCACCGCCAGUGCAACCCAAGGCCGAAAGGGCUAGAAACAGGGGACAGCUAUGGGACGGAUGGGAAGGUUAACCUGCCCAAUUUCACAGAGGAUGUUGACUGGAAAGGACUGGAAGAUCUGUACAGUGUUAAUGAAAGCUUGUAUGGCUACAGAAACAAGUAUAGACUUAGUCCUGAUGAUUGGGCGAAUUACUUGAAGGAUGUAGAUAGAGUUUUUGCACUGCUGAACAAUAUCCCUAAAAAAGUUAUGGCAAAUUCAACUGCGGAUGAACGAACUUAUGCAUCCUCUGAUGCGUCAGCUCUGGUGGAAAUGUCCUCUGCUGACUCUGAAGAUGAAUUUAGUGGUGUAGCUGCGGAAGAAAGGGAACCUAAAACAGAAGCAAAUUUGAGCACAGUGAUAUUUAAUCACAAGAAAAAACUUGAAAACAAUCUCCCAGCGGAGAAAGUAAAGAACCAGGCACACUGGAGCUAUAGUAAAACCGAAAGACAGACUGAUCAAGUUUCUUUAGACACUUAUGAUGUGGACUUCAGUGGAAAUGGACUUGCAGAGUUAGAAUCCAAAAUGAAUUUGGACAUGCAGACUUUUAGUCAUACCCCUAGAGAAAUUCAGCAACGUCGUCUUGUAAAUGAAGAUAUAUUUCAAGACCAGGUGUAUCUUCCCAUUGACUUCUCGGCUCACCAGGUAAAAAAUAUCUCCACUGUGGAUCACUUAGAUGAUUCUGAAGACCAUGAAAAUAAAAAAGCCAGACCAGCAAAGGAUUAUUCUGGGGAAACAAAUACAAACUUGGAUAUGGAAGGCAGUGCCUCGUUCCCUCUUUCUUCUGAUUAGAACAAAUAUACUUUAGCAAAAGCUGAAACUCUAAACAGUGACUGUGGCACUUGACAUUCCAGUGCAUCCAAUAGAUUUUCUGCUUAUCACAAUAUGGGCAACGGCGUCUUCAAAGUCACUUCAAUAAGAUACUUGACAAUUAAUAUUUCAUAAAAUUUGAUGUUUUUACACUUUUUUCUUUUUUCACUAUUUGGGCUCAUAUGUGUCAAAUGUUUAAACACCACAGAUAAUUAUAUCCCCACUAUUAUAUAUUUUAUUUUCUAACCACUGGAAUUAGUAAACUAAUUUUGCACUUUUAUAAAGCUUUUAAGCUUGACCACCAUGUUUUUUCCUCUUUUUACUUUUAGUUCUAAACCAUAUUGUUGUGACCAGAAAAACAUUUUGGCGAAAGGUGCUGUACAACUUUGCUUAAUG